UUCUUCGUCAUCUUUUUUUUGCACAGUCACCGAUGAUGCAUACCUUUCCUUCUCUUAUCCGCAACUUUGAAUAAAUUUGGUUUGAAUACUGAAUCAUGUUUAUAUAAUGCGUACACUCCCGAAUGACGUGAUACAUGUGCACCUCAUCGUGUAUAUAUCUUUAUUUAUCUCGAUUAUCCGAUUUCUUCUGAUACACUUUUCAGAUCCCAUACCUUCAUUUUAAAUUCAACUUUUAAACCCAUAGGCAUUAUCCAUUCCAAUCAAUUCAAUUCUAUCACACUUCCCAACAUAAAUUUUCGCGCGAAUCCAUUUUGAUCUGGGUAGAUUUCGUCAAUCCGUCGGGGUUAGUGUUCUUGUAAUUUGAUCAUACUUUACCAUUUCAUUCUUUGCUGAUCCGGGGUAUCGCGUUCUUCCACAAGCUCGAAUUUGAGGAAAUUUCAAUUGUUGUAGGUCAGCUAUUCUCGAUCCUUAUUCAUAUUCAUUUCGAUUUCUGGAAUACGAUCAAUAUUUCCGUGUGGGAGUUAUCAAAAUCUCGAUUUGAAAAAUUCUGAAUUAGGGCUAGUGGUGUUCUCUUAGGAUCAUUUCUUUAACUUCAACUACUCUAAAUACAAUUAUCAGCACCAAAAUUCUACUGAAAAAAUGGAUAUCAGUAACGAGGCUACCGUUGAUCGGUUCUCAAUCGGACCAUCAACAGCCUUUGGCCGGACAAUUGCUUUCAGAGUUCUAUUCUGCAAGUCAAUGGCACAUUUCCGGCAUCAAAUCUUUCAUAUCUUAUCGUUUUACUUCGAUAUAAUUAGAACAUACAUAUCAGAUAUCGCUACACCCAUUAUCUCAUGGUUACAUCCUCGCAACCCACAAGGAAUCCUACUAUUAGUAACCCUAAUCGCCUUCUUGCUCAAACGCUACACAAACGUGAAAAUAAAGGCCGAAAUGGCUUACCGGAGGAAAUUCUGGCGAAACAUGAUGAGGGCUGCGCUAACCUACGAAGAAUGGGCUCACGCUGCCAAGAUGUUAGAUAAAGAAACACCCAAAUUGAAUGAACGCGACCUUUACGAUGAAGAACUUGUAAGAAACAAAUUCCAAGAACUCAGACACAGACGCCAAGAAUGUUCACUUCGAGACAUCAUCUUCUGUAUGCGAGCAGAUCUAAUCAGAAACCUCGGCAACAUGUGCAAUCCGGAGCUUCAUAAAGGCCGGCAUCAGGUUCCAAAGCUCAUAAAAGAAUACAUCGAUGAAGUCUCCACACAGUUAAGAAUGGUUUGUGAUUCCGAUUCCGACGAGCUUCUUCUAGAAGAAAAGCUCGCGUUUAUGCACGAGACACGUCACGCAUUUGGCCGAACAGCUUUACUGUUAAGCGGCGGCGCUUCUCUCGGAGCUUUUCACGUGGGUGUAGUGAAAACACUCGUAGAACACAAACUCAUGCCCCGAAUAAUCGCCGGGUCAAGCGUCGGAUCCAUUAUGUGUGCAGUUGUCGCCACAAAAUCAUGGCCAGAGCUUCAAAGCUUCUUCGAGGAUUCAUGGCAUUCAUUGCAGUUCUUCGAUCAAAUGGGUGGGAUCUUCAACGUUUUCAAAAGGGUAAUGACACAAGGAGCACUUCACGACAUCCGACAUUUACAGGUUCUGUUAAGAAACUUAACGAAUAAUUUAACUUUCCAAGAAGCUUACGAUAUGACAGGCCGUGUUCUUGGAAUCACGGUAUGUUCACCAAGAAAACACGAGCCUCCAAGAUGUUUAAACUACUUGACUUCACCUCAUGUGGUUAUAUGGAGCGCUGUGACUGCUUCUUGCGCUUUUCCGGGUCUUUUCGAAGCUCAAGAAUUAAUGGCGAAAGACAGAGGUGGUGAAAUCGUGCCCUAUCAUCCGCCGUUUCACUGGGGGCCGGAGGAGGUUGACGGGACCUCCGUUAGGCGGUGGAGAGAUGGGAGUUUGGAGAUUGAUUUACCGAUGAUUCAAUUGAAAGAAUUGUUUAAUGUGAACCAUUUUAUUGUUAGUCAAGCGAAUCCGCAUAUUGCACCUUUACUUCGAUUGAAAGAGUUUAUCAGAGCUUAUGGAGGCAAUUUCGCUGCAAAGCUUGCACAUCUUGUUGAGAUGGAGGUGAAACACAGAUGCAAUCAGGUGUUGGAGCUUGGGUUUCCUUUAGGUGGACUUGCGAAGCUAUUUGCUCAAGAUUGGGAGGGUGACGUCACCGUUGUUAUGCCUGCCACGUUGGCUCAGUAUUCAAAAAUCAUACAAAAUCCAUCACAUUUAGAGCUUCAAAAAGCCGCGAAUCAAGGUCGUAGAUGCACGUGGGAAAAGUUGUCAGCAAUAAAAGCGAAUUGUGGAAUCGAAUUGGCACUGGAUGAAUGCGUGGCAAUUCUAAAUCACAUGCGCCGACUAAAACGAAGCGCCGAGAGAGCCGCAGCCGCCUCUCAAUCUCACGCCGCCUCAAAUCCCGUCCGAUUCAACGCCUCCAAACGAAUCCCGUCAUGGAACUGCAUCGCCCGCGAAAACUCCACCGGGUCCCUUGAAGACGACCUUGCCGACGUCCUCCACCACGGCGGUAGAAACUGGCGGCACCACCGCAACCAUGACGGAAGCGACAGCGAGUCCGAAAGCGCCGCCGAGGUGACUUCAUGGACGAGAUCUGGCGGUCCGUUGAUGCGCACAACUUCAGCCGAUCAGUUUGUGGAAUUCGUGCAAAAUUUGGAUUCGGAUUCGAAAAUGAAUAAGGCGAUUAUGGUUUAUCAGAACUUACGGGUGAUCCCGCCUGACCGGAUCUCUGAUCCGGAAUCUGACAACCGCGAUGCUGGCGCUGCUAGAGUUAGCAGUGGUAGUAUCACGGUGGCAGCGGGUGAUCUUUUGCAGCCGGAGAGGAUUCAUAAUGGGAUUGUGUUUAAUGUGGUGAGGAAAGGGGAUUUGACACCGUCGAAUCGAAGUCAUGACUCGGAGAAUAACUCCCCGUCUGACUCGGCGGCUGAGUGUGUGCAACUCGACUCACCAGAAAAAGACAUGGAUGGUAGCUCCGGGUCUGAAUGUGGGGACAGUGAAAUGUGCGAGGGUGAAAAUGUCAUUGAACCGGAAGAGGGUUGUGAAGUGAAGGAUCAUUGUAGUGUUGUAGAUAAUGAUGGUGAAAUCAAAAGCUUGUGAGUUGAGUUGACUCGGUAGUGAUACAAAUUUGUGGAUUGAACCAUUAUUAGUAGAUUAGAUAGAUGGAAACUUUACUUUAUGUGUAUUGAUAUAUUGUGUAAAUUCAUUUAACAGUGUACACAUGUAAGGGUUGGAUUCGAAAAAUUUAUGUUACAAUGACUAUUUUUUUUUUUA